GUACGUUGUAGAGGUUGGGUGUACGCUGCCGGCUCGUCUGGUUACCGACUCCACGCCUCUCCCAGUUAGAGAAGAAGAAGAAGAAGAGGGAACAACAGCGGAAGAGUAUGAAAAGCGAAGAGGAACAUGAGGGAGCGUCGAUACAAAGGCGACACUCCCUACCAGCAACUCAGCUCAACUCAUCACUCGCGGUCAUGAAGCAGCGGCGGCAGAGCAUUAGAAGAGUCUUUUCCUGACCACCAGCCCGUGCCAGGCCCUCCUCCCUCCUGCCACUCCUUCAUCCAGGGCGCGGCCACCACCACCACCACCACCCCGUCCCUUCUGGCGCCAGUGGGAGUGCGUGACGGCGGAGUUGCUGAGUUGUCACGUAGUAUAGAGCGCUUAAGCGUGGAGUGUGUGUGAGUGAGAGUGAGUGAGAGGAAAGCCGCUUGGGAUGGACGGCCGCCUGCACCUCACCAACGGCGUGACGUGACGUGAGGCGCGCUUGUGGCCACGCACGAGGCAGCCACGGCCACGCCUCCCCCAUGAACUUCAUCCCACGCAGGGCAGGUUAGUACGGGAGGUGCAGCGCUCAGCGGUAGAGUGACGGUGGUCAGUGAACAGUGCGCGCUGACUGCUGAGUGGUGAGCCAUGGCAGUGCCGGGUAAUAAUGAGGGGGCGCUGGUGGAGGUCAAUAUGCAGGCCAUCGUCCUCACGCCCAGGAGAGAGGCCUCGCCCGUGGAGAUGUCUGAGCCGAGGGCGGAGGCACACACGGACGCGUCUGUGUCGCUGACGGAGGCGGAGAAGGCGGAAAAAGUCGCGAUGGAGAAUGGCCACGUGCUCGGUGCGGAGGACGUGCCGCCGCCCUAUUCCCCGCCGCUCCUGACGGUGGAGAACGCAUCUGGGGCCCUGGAGAGCUAUGAGGUGCCCGCUCACGUGCUGGCCUUCGUCCCGCCCCGACGGAGGCAUACGGGCGUGGCUGGUGAUGCUGGCCUCCUUCCUCUGCAACGGCAUCAUCUUCGGCAUCAUCAACACCAGCGGCAUCAUCUACGUCAAGAUCGCCGCGCACCUCAAGGAAUCCGGCGACCCCAACGCUGCCUUCAAGGGAUCUAUGAUGAUGUCGCUGGCCAUCGGAUCGACCUUCCUCUUCUCCGUGCUGGCCGGCGUGCUGACAGACUCUCUCGGCAUCAGGAUCACCACACUCAUCGGCGGGGCGCUGUCCACGGCUGGCAUGUUCAUUUCCUCAUUCUUCUCAGACAACGUGGAGGUGCUCAUGUUCACCUACGGCAUCAUGUUCGGGGUCGGGGCGUCGCUGGCCUAUACGCCGUCCCUCGUCAUCCUCGGCCACUACUUCCAGCGGAGGAUGGGCAUCGUCAACGGCUUCGUCACGGCGGGCUCCUCCAUCUUCACCAUCGGCAUGCCCUUCCUUCUUUCAUACGUGCUGGAGAUGGGCGUGCAGACCACCUUCCAAAUGCUGGCUGGCCUCACCUCCUUCCUCAUGUUUGCGGCGCUCAUCUUCAAGCCACUCAUGCCCAUCCUGCCCCAGAGUCGCCCCCAGUAUGACAACUCCUGCCAGGGGCGCUGCCGAAGUUUCUGGUCACGUAUCAUCAACUUUGAGAUCUGGCAGAACAAGCGCUAUGUCAUCUGGGCAUUGGCGAUCCCCUCAGCUCUCUUUGGCUACUUCGUCCCCUACAUCCACCUGGUGGCAUUUGUGAAGCAGGUGUUGGGUGAGAACAUCAACUCACAGCUGCUGGUGCAGUGCCUAGGCAUCACCUCGCUGGUGGGACGCCUCCUCUUUGGCCUUGUGGCAGACAGGCCCUCCAUCAACCGCAUCUUCCUCCAGCAGGUGUCAUUCUUCUGCAUUGGCGCCUUCACCAUGCUGUUGACGGUGGCGAACCACAUGGCAUUCUUCAUUGUCAUUGCGUUGAUCAUGGGUCUGUUUGAUGGCUGUUUCAUCUCCCUGCUCGGCCCCAUUGCCUUCGACAUUGUGGGUCCUGCCGGUGCCUCCCAGGCUAUUGGAUGUCUGCUGGCCAUCUGCUCCAUCCCCCUCACCUUUGGCCCAGCCAUUGCAGGUGCCUUGUACGAUCACCUGGGGAGUUACUUGGUGCCCUUCCUGUGUGCUGGCAUCCCUCCCAUCAUCGGUUCCUUCAUCCUCUUUUCCAUCAGCUGCACCAGGAGCCUUCCAGAGGGAGUGCCAGGGUCGCCAGUAAGGGAGCCGCCAGAGAAGCAGAACAAUGCCGCGGCCGUGGAUGACCCCAGAGAGACCCACCGGCUGAUGACAGCUAGCAAACAGAGGAAAGCUCGCAGGGACUAUCGAGUGAGCAACGGCGACCUGAGUGAGCCACGGCCCCUCCCCAGCAGCCCAUCAGAUGAGGCGGUCAAGGUGGAUGUGCGGCGGCUUGCCCUGCUGCAGCGAGAGAGUUGUGUAUAGACCAGCUCCUCCUCCUCCUCAUCUUCCCCGUCCUCAUAUCUUAAGAGGACUCGCUCAUUACACUGUCAAGCUCAUUAUACUCGUGUAGAGGUUCUCAUUUUAGUCCAUACAGACCUUUAUCGCUUUUUUUAUCAUAUGUACAGUUAAGCAGGUUUUCUUGUAUUUUUUUUUAUCUUAUAUGGCUUUUCUCUUAGUUUGUUUGAAUGGUGUGUGGCCAGACUUGCAUCUCAGAGGUACUACAUGAUCAGUUAUGAAAUGACAAAGUGCCCAAAGUGUAUAAGUAUGUAUGUUUUUUUGUUUUUGUAAGUUUCAGUCAAAAGUUACUUACAGUGUUACAUAUGAAUUACACAAAACAAAUGUCAUAUUGCUCUUGACCGAGAUUAGAGAGUUUAUGAAGAGUAUAUAUAUUUAUUUUUCCAACAGUGCAUGCAGCUCAUAUUGAAGAGAAUUAUAAAGAAUGUAUGCAAAAAUGAAGUGUAAAUUAUGCAGGUUUGCUACAAGGCAGGCAUUAUAUUCAAGUGUUUUUGCAUUUUUAGUUAUUAAGGGAUGACUUAUCUCCAUUUUAAGUCUGUUCCAGAAUUUACUGUGUUGCUCACUGAAGGAGAUUUUACAGAUGUGUAUAGUAUAAUUUUUAAGCAGAAUUUAUAGUUAUGAUUGUUAUUAGUCUCAUUAUCCAAUGAGAAUAUUAAAGGUUUAUAUUAAUUUUUGUCUGAUAUGUGAUAGAUAAUCCAGGCUUACAUUGCUUUGAAAACACUAUUUUUAGAUGCUUCUUGUGAUAGCUCCUUGUUCUCAGUAGUGUGUAAUGUGUUGUAAGCACUCUAAAUUCCAGUGGCCAAGUAGUUGCCAGCUGCCUACAUAUCUAUAUUCCACACUGACAUCCCCUUGAAGGAGGGCAGCUAAAACAAGACAGGCCUUGUUGCACUGUAGGAAUAAAAAAAAAAAAAGUUGGUAAUCAUCAGGGACAGGUUUGUUUCUGGGAAUGGAAUCUUAUAUUUGGUAGGAAGAGUAUGAUGAAUGAUAAUUUCUAAUUUCUUUUUACAGUUGAUGUUUCUAUGAUUUUUCCUGCAUAUUUAGACACUGAAGAUGAAUGAAGUGUUGAAAUGUCUGGAAACGAGAUAGAAAUGCUGACAGUUUCAUCACCCGUCAAACCCUUCUCACAAAAGUCAGUAACAAUCACUUAAAAAGAAGGUUGGUGCUGAUGACUUAACUUGAUGUUCAGAUGUACAGACAUUGUCACACAUGUUGAUAUUUUAGUUGAUAUGAGAGUUGUUUUGCCAAUCACUAGUCGCUGAGGAGGCACCGGAGCUUGCUGGCUGGUGGACCACUGACUGCCUUGGAUCAUGCUGUUCUUGCCAUUGGUGAUGGAUAUGGGUCUUCCUGGGACUCUGGUGGGCACAGUGGGACACUGGGAUCUUGUGGCCCUUCAGAAUCUGUUGUUAGGGGUCUAGGUAUUGUUUUCCUGUCAUAGAGAGAGUAGCAGUGCUCUGUCAAAACAUUUGUGGUGAAUUAAUGGUUUACCAUUACCACUGGCCAAAGGGAAAAGUGAUAGCCUUAUUCUGGUAUUCAAAAUAAUCCUACUUUCCAUUUUGAUCACAAACUGGUAUUAUUAGUUUUAAUAUUUAAUUCUUCAAUAUCACUCAGAUUAGUUAUUUUCUGAGAAACAGACAUACGUUUUAGAACAUAACAUAAGAAAAUAAGAGAAGUUGCAAGAAGCUGUCAGAAGCAACCACUAAUCACAGAAGCUAUUUUUUACAUCCAUGAUGUCUUGAGUGUGGUUUUGGGAAUUAGAUAUUAACAUCAGUAAUAUGAAUUUGUGAGCAAAAUGCAAUGAAGUAAAUAGGUUUAUUGCACAUUGAAAAAAAAAGCCUGUAUUCUUUUUUCCUUAGAUCAGUGGGUUUUGAAAAACUGCAUACUGACAAAAUAUCUCGGUCCUAGGAAGGAAAGGGUUGGAUACCAAGUGCAGAAUUAUGUGGCCAAAUUUGAUGUGAUGCAAUGGUAUAGUGACCCACGAAUUAAUGUUCCAGUAUACCCAGCUUGUGUGUGUUCCCAGUGUUCUGUAAUGCUCAUACAUGGAAGUAUUGGGAACACAACUAUGCAUACAAAUCAGUGCUGCUAUGAAUAUCCAGAUGAAUGUUAGUUCCUUGACAUUCAGUUAUGCUCAGUACCUGGUGUUGUCUGAAUGUGUGGUAGUUGUGCCAUUCAGCCCCUCUCCUGAGCACUAGCCCGGUGAGCACCAUCCAGCCCCUCUCCUGAAUGUUAACCUGAUGACAUUGACACUUUCACUGCUAGAUGAUUUUUGUCCAUAAUCUGCUACAACUUUUUGAACACUUUACUGCAAUCUCUUUAGUAGUUGUGAAACAUAAGAAAGUUUACUUCCUAUUUUUUUUCAAUGAUAUGAAUGUUAAGAAAGGCUGACCAUAGCAGUUAAUGUGAGUAACUUGAGAUGACUUGAUGAACAAAAAUUUAUCUUCAGGCUCUAAAACUUGAUCGCUCCUUUUGCUGGCAAUCUCUCUCGAACUUUUAGAGCCAGUUUCCCUACUGUAUUAGGCCAAGGAUGGUACCUCCUAACAGUGCUAUCUCCCAAAAUUAUAUUCAAAACUUGCACAAGACUAUUUGAAGGUCAAGGAGAAGUCAAACCAGUCAAAGGAUUAGGCCCAAACAAGUGCUCAAGCAUGAGAAAAAGGUGACCACAAUUUUUUCAGCAGUCAGUUCUCCAAACCUGCAGUGGACUGACUUCCUCAGGGUCCUAGGGGUCAUAGUUCACAUCUGGGAGUCAUGUGUAUGCUUGCAUGUAUAUGUGUACAUGUGUGUGCAUGUGUAGGGUGUAUGUAGGGCAUCAUCAGGACAUACAUGAACACAAUCACUCACUUACAUUGUAGAGACUCAUGAUAAUGUGUGGAGCCUCGGGGAAGUGUAUCAGGGAAUGCCUAGCUGUGUUAUAUAUAUAUAGUCUUCAGUAGUCCUCACCCACUAAGGAUAUGAUGCACUAGGGAAUGACCCUUAAGAGUGACCUUCUGUAUUUUGAUUUUGUAUGAUGUGUAUCCCUGAAUCCAUCAUCAUGGGAUGAUGUGUUGUAUGGUUCUGUGUAUAUUGUAGUGUAACAUGUUACACUACUAUCCCUUCAAGGCCUUUAUAAGAAUUUCAUCCAGUGUGUUACAUUCUUGCACACUACACAGGUGAUUCAUUUUUAUAUUUAUUAUAUUUUAUUGACAUGUUGGCAUAAGGCUGGUAGUGUCACCCAUCCCAGGCUGUGGAGUGUGUAAAGUAAGGUUACCAGGUCCUUUUUCCACCAUUUAUUUGCUUUUUCCUAUCUUCUUUUCCUGUGUGUCAAGGCAAAAUGUGUAUUGACAAUCUCUCUCUCUCUCUCUCUCUCUCUCUCUCUCUCUCUCUCUCUCUCUCUCUCUCUCUCUCUCUCUCUCUCUCUCUCUCUCUCUCUCUCUCUCUCUCUCUCUCUCUCUCUCUCUCUCUCUCUCUCUCUCUCUCUCUCUCUCUCUCUCUCUCUCUCUCUCUCUCUCUCUCUCUCUCUCUCUCUCUCUCUCUCUGUCUUUGACUGUGUUAAGGACAAAUGUGUAUUGACAGAAUGGACAAAGGGAGCUGAAUUAUCAUGGCAGACACCAUGAGACUUUUUUGCUGGCAUCCUCCAGAAAUUAAACAUGUAGAAGAGAGAUUUUACAGAGAAAAAAAAAAAAAUAGGGAUUUGUUACAUAUAUAAGUUACCCUUUAACAUAUAUAUAGUAGGACACAACAGGAUUCUUGGGGUGCAUUAAAAGAAUAAAAAGAACACAGCAUUAUAAUCCUAACAGCUACUUACCUAAGAUUUUGAUAGAUAAAAGUUAAAGUUCCAUGACUGAAGCAGUGAAGUUACUCAAGACAUGCUUAUGAUGUGAGUAGAAAGCAUGAUGGAAAUAGUGAAAAGUGCAUAGGUUUGACAUGUUUAGCAAAGGAGAGGGAAUGACUGGUGGAAUGGUGGUGUUGAACUGUAGUGUGCUGAGAUUUUGCCACCUGUGGAGGAUGGAUGAAAGUGAAAUGACAGAAAUGAGGUAAAAAGUACAGAAUAGAGGUUGGGAAUGUGAGAGGAUGUGUGUAAAAUGACAGGAAUGAAAAAAAAAUAUGGAAUAGAGGCUGGGAAUGAGAUGACACCCAGCCAAGUGGUAGGAUAGUACUGAAGUAUUCAAGAGUGAGGGAGAAAGUAAGAAUAUGAUACAUGAACAAGUGUAAAUGAAGACUUCUUUUUGCCAUGGUCAUCCCUUCAAGAGAAUUCCCAGGAACUGACAUCAGACUACACAAGGCUAGACUAAUGGCUGAGAACUGAACAUCUGAUGCAGCAGCCAGUAUAUUACUUGAAUUUCUUAUUGACUAAGCCUUGGGUGAUGUCUGAGACCCAAGUGGAGUAGUUGAUGCUUUCUGUUGUCACCUUAACUGCAUUGCUCCCCCAACUCUUGCAGGAGUUUCCUCUGACAACUUCUGUACUUUAAUCAGCUUCAUGUGCAUAAGUGUCCCAGAUUAUGACAUGAAUGGUGACACAUCUAUGUACAAAUAUUAUAGUCAAUAAUAGCCUCAAUUAAGUAGCUACAGUACAUACAAUGUGAGUGAGGAGGUGGUAGGGAAGACUGAAGCACAAGUCCUGUACAUCCUCUUAUGUUUUAAUUGCAAGUCUUCAUUGAGAGAAUGUUGAAUCAUCAUUAUGUUUAGAUUCUCUCUUUGGAAGACUGGCAGCUGAAACAUAAGGGAAUGUAUAGUAUACCAACCUGAAACACCCUACCUUCUUACCCACUCAUUUGUGUCAUCUUUGUCCAUAUCACACUAUCUUUCCUAGCCAUUUUUCACAUGUUCUCCUACUACUUAAGUACUACUUAAGUACUGCCAUGCAUACAUGCUCCCAAGAUUGCAUUAAUAUGUGUACAAAUGUUCCUUGCUGUGUGGGCAUCUAUAAGGGUCAGUUCUAAGGGUGGGAAGCAAGGGUGGCUUCUUCCUCCUUGUCACUGGGUAAGGGAGGAAAGGACUUGAAUACUACAUAUGGUUAUUAUUUAUCUAUUAUUUACUGUCAUUAUGGCAGAAUUGCAUCUGAUCUUCUUUAUUCAGAUGUUUGUGAAGGAACAUAAAACGGCUCUUGAAUGCCAUAUGGUAUUAAUGAAAAGGUUGAUCUGUUUAGGAAAUAUACCAGAUUUCAAUCAGAUCUUGUUUAUCCACCAAUUUUUUUUUCAUUUUUUUUUUUUUCCCUGGAAGUAUGUGUGUGACUGUAUGUGUGAGGAUUCAAAGCAUCAUUUGUAGUAUCUGAGAGAGCAAUAUAGUCAUACACACACACACACACACACACCAGAUACACACACACACACAAGAUACAAAUGGCAGGAAGAAUCAGGCUUCUACUGUCCCAAGCCAACACUCAAUCCCUUAACUCUAACAAAGUGCACAACUUCUGUAAUGAGAAAUUCAUAUUGACCAGUUCCUGAGAGGCAAACACAUACCAUAUGUGUAGGUACAGGUGAAUUGUAAUUACAAAAGAACUGCAUUCCCCAAAAAAAACAUGUAAAUAAAAAGUUUGUAAAUGAAGAUCAACCAUAGAUUCUCUUCAUUUUUUUUAUAUUUGAUACAUUUUACAAUAUUUUUUAGGUUAAACAUAUGGAUUAUACAUUCACACAUCAUGGUAAAGAAAAACAUUUGGUUCAUGAGGAAAAGUGUGAAUAACUUGUAAAUUAUCAAUGCUAUCAAUGCUAUCAAUGCUAAAAGUGUACACAAAAUAUACAUUCAGGUCAGAUUUUUGUAAGACUGACAUAUUUAAAAAUGUCAUAUUUAAAAAUGUCAGUCAGCAACAAAAUUAACAGGCUAAUGUUGUGGAAAAUCAAAGGUUCCAUUACAUUCAGUGACUGCUGGAAUGUAGUAGGUUGCCACAGAAUAGCAUUGUUGGAAGUACAGGUGUCCAUAGGUCAUGGUUACUGUAUUCAUGAAUGACAAGCAUUAAAAUGUGGCAUGGAAGAGAUUCAAGUGAGCAGAUGAUGGCAAACAGGAUGGCUGUAUGAUGUGUGCUGUGCCAUAUUAUAUAAUGACUCCUUAACGUGUAUUAUUGUUUUCUUUUCUUGCAUAUUCAUAAUUUCUGUUAGUUCUUCUCUUCAUAUACCAUGUUCCCUUAUGAAAUUUAACAUUUUAUUGACUAAAGUCAUGACUUUUUUCCCUCUUAUUGUAAUAUAAGUCAUGUGAGGAAGGAACUAAGGCUUGCAGUGUGAGAGACUUGAAGAAGAAUGUCUGCAAAGCUUAACUGCAAACUAACUCUAACAUUUGUUAUUAUUAGCAAGUACUACUUUUUAUCAGUUAUUUUCAUCGUGCAUUGAGUCUUCUAUUACAAUGUAAUAAGCUCUUGCUUCUUCUUCCAUUCCAUCUCCAGCAUUUUUUUUUUUUCACUCUUCAUUAUUUCCCUCCAUUUUUUUCCCCAUUAGUGCUGCUUAGAUUAGCCAUCACAAUCACUACUUUCAUCAUUCCAUCUCUCCCAGCUUCACUUUAUUUCCUGCCUUCCUCUCCCUUCCAUUCCUUCUCCAUUAGCGCUGCAUAAACUAGCUGUCACAUUCACUAUUUUGAUGCACUUCUCUGAAACACAACUUUCUGAUGUACUGUACUAGAGUAAACAUAACAUCAUUCUCAAUGGAAGGAGUGUUGCAGCAUUAGCCGGAACACAGCUAAGUUGAGCCCAUGUGUUGGCAGGCCCACCAAAAAUGCUCUUUGUCAUAAUAAAAUGGAGAGAAAGAC